AUGUCCUCCCAUUCUCACCGCGCAUGCGCGGCUCAGGGAGCGCAUAGCGAUCGGCGGUGCGCUUCAGUCAUGUGAUCAGCUGUGUCCAAUCACAGCUGAUCACUGAUGAUCAGUGUGCCCCAGUGUAGCCCCAGUAGUGCCACCUGUCAGUGUCCAUCAGUGCCACAUCAAUGCCACAUAUCAGUGCCUACCAGUGGACAUCAAUGCCACAUAUCAGUGCACAUCUGAGCUGCCUUUCAGUGUCACCCAUCAGUGCCAGUGCCACCUAUCAAUGCCUAUCAGUGCCAUGUAUCAGUGCUGCCUUUCAGUGCCCAUCAGUGAUGCCUGUCAAUGCCCAUCAGUGCCACCUACCAGUGCCUCCUCAUCAGUGCCCAUCAGUGCCA